GUCAGUCCCGGCGCAGUGGAAACAGCUUGUGAGAGGCCUUUUGUUUCAGUUUGAACUCGGAAAUGGCAGAGAGAGGCUGAGUCCACUGGGAAAGAACGGGGGACUGAUCGCGUGUGCAGUGUGCUGCUCCUGUGAACCGGCAUCAAAGAAUAUGUCAGACCCAAAGACGGGCAUUUCGGGAACUAUUGGAUAGAAGUGUUUUAUUUUACCUGGGCUAAGAUUGCAUCGUUGGAGAUGUAAGGUUGGAACUCCACUAUCCACAGGCAGCUGUAGUUGACGUGAGCACGCGAGGCAGAGCCUGCAGCCAGCAGCAGCAGCAGCAGCAGCGGAGGCAGCGGCAGCCAUGGCUCCCCGCAAACGCAGCGGCCGCGGCAUCUCCUUCAUCUUGUGCUGCUUCAGGAGCAGCGACCAACCGCCGGAGAUCACCUACCGCCUGCGCAACGACAGCAACCUCGCCCUGCAGGUCAUGGAGCCCACCCUGCCCAUGCCCCCCGCCGAGGAGCUGGACGCCAUGUUCUCAGAGCUGGUGGAUGAACUUGACCUCACAGACAAACACAGAGAGGCCAUGUUUGCUCUCCCAGCAGAGAAGAAAUGGCAGAUAUACUGUAGUAAAAAGAAGGAGCAGGAGGAAAACAAAGGAGCCACCAGCUGGCCCGAGUUCUACAUUGACCAGUUGAAUUCCAUGGCGGCCAGGAAGACUCUCCUGGCCCUGGAGAAGGAAGAUGAAGAGGAGAGGAACAAGACAAUUGAGAGUUUGAAGACAGCUCUGCGGACACAACCCAUGAGAUUCGUAACCAGGUUCAUUGACCUGGAUGGGCUGACAUGCAUCCUGAACUUCCUGAAGAGCAUGGACUACGAGACCACGGAGUCCCAGAUCCACACCUCCCUGAUCGGUUGCAUCAAGGCACUGAUGAACAACUCCCAGGGCCGCGCCCACGUUCUGUCCCACUCCGAGAGCAUCAACAUCAUCGCCCAGAGCCUCAGCACGGAGAACAUCAAGACCAAAGUGGCAGUGCUGGAGAUCAUGGGCGCCGUGUGCCUGGUGCCUGGCGGGCACCGGAAGAUCCUGGAGGCCAUGCUGCAUUACCAGAAGUUCGCUUGCGAGAGAACACGCUUCCAGACCUUGCUGAAUGAUCUGGACAGGAGCACAGGGCGGUACAGGGACGAGGUGAACCUGAAAACGGCCAUCAUGUCCUUCAUCAACGCCGUGCUCAGUCAAGGAGCCGGGGAGACGAGCCUGGAGUUUCGGAUCCACCUGCGAUACGAAUUCCUGAUGUUGGGAAUCCAGCCGGUUAUCGAUAAACUGCGAUCCCAUGAGAACGCUACGUUAGACCGGCAUUUGGAUUACUUUGAAAUGCUGAGGAAUGAAGACGAGCUGACCUUGUCAAAGCGGUUUGACUCUGUGCACAUAGACACAAAAAGUGCCACCCAGAUAUUUGACCUCAUCCGAAAGAAGAUGAACCACACCGAUGCAUAUCCACACUUUAUCUCCGUCUUACACCACUGUCUCCUCAUGCCUUAUAAGAGAAGCGGGAACACGGUUCAGUACUGGUUGCUCCUUGACCGCAUCAUGCAGCAGAUGGUUCUUCAGAACGACAAGGGUCACGACCCGGAUGUAACGCCACUGGAGAACUUCAAUGUGAAGAAUGUGGUCCGAAUGUUGGUCAAUGAAAAUGAAGUCAAGCAGUGGAAAGAGCAAGCAGAAAAAAUGCGGAAAGAACACAAUGAACUGCAGCAGAAGCUGGAGAAGAAGGAGCGCGAGUGUGACGCCAAGACGCAAGAGAAGGAGGACAUGAUGCAGACGCUCAACAAAAUGAAAGAAAAGCUGGAGAAAGAAACCGGCGAGCACAAGCUUGUUAAGCAGCAAGUGGCUGACCUCUCCACCAGGCUGCAUGACCUCAGCACCAGGCCCAACGUUGGCAUUCCUGGGGGUCCUCCCCUCAUACCAGGACCCCCGGGUGCUCCCCUACCUCCUCCUGCUCUACCUGGUGGCUUUCCUCCUCCACCUCCACCGCCCCCUGGGGGAGGCCCUCCACCCCCACCACCUCCACCAGGAGGACCUCCACCUCCCCCAGGACUCCCUUUAUUUGGUGGGCUACCUCCUCCUGGGGCACCUUUGGGACCAGGCCUCAAGAAGAAGAACAUCCCCCAGCCAUCCAACCCUCUCAAAUCAUUCAACUGGGCCAAGCUUGCAGAGAAUAAAUUGGAGGGAACAGUGUGGACAGACGUGGAUGAUCUCAAAGUUUUCAAAAUCCUGGACCUGGAGGAUAUUGAGAGAACCUUCUCGGCGUACCAGAGGCAGCAGGACUUCUUAAUGACCAAUAACAGCAAGCAGAAAGAGACAGAAGACGACUCUCUAAACAUUAAAAAAGUCAAGGAGCUGUCCGUCAUCGAUGGCCGCAGAGCCCAAAACUGCAACAUCCUUCUGUCUCGGUUGAAGCUGGCCAAUGAUGAGAUCAAGAGGGCCAUCCUGACCAUGGAUGAGCAGGAGGACCUACCCAAAGACAUGCUGGAACAGCUGCUGAAGUUUGUCCCUGAAAAGAGUGACGUAGAUCUCCUGGAGGAGCACAAGCAGGAACUGCAUCGCAUGGCAAAGCCUGAUCGUUUCCUGUACGAGAUGAGCAGAAUUAACCACUACCAGCAGAGGCUACAAUCCCUGUACUUCAAAAAGAAGUUUGCGGAGAGAAUCGCUGAAAUAAAACCCAAAGUUGAAGCUCUGACCAAGGCCUCUAAGGAGGUUGUGCAAAGUCGCAACCUGAAGCAGCUGCUGGAGGUGGUGCUGGCUUUCGGGAACUACAUGAACAAGGGGCAGAGAGGAAACGCCUAUGGCUUCAAAGUUUCCUCCCUCAACAAAAUUGCAGACACCAAGUCCAGCAUUGAUAAGAACAUCACUCUCUUGCACUACCUGAUCACCAUCCUGGAGAAGAAGUACCCCAAAGUCGUGCUUUUCCAAGAGGACCUGCAAAAUGUGCCUGAGGCUGCAAAAGUCAACAUGACGGAGUUGGAGAAAGACAUGAAUAAUCUGCGCAGCGGGCUCAAGAACGUGGAGAGCGAGCUGGAAUUCCAGAAGAGCCGUCCUACACAGUCAGGGGACAAGUUUGUGUCAGUGGUCAGCCAGUUCAUCACAGUGGCCAGCUUCAGCUUCUCUGACGUGGAGGAUUCUCUUCAGGAGGCCAAAGAACUGUUCGAAAAGGCGGUGAAGCACUUCGGAGAGGAUGUGACCCGGAUGCAGCCGGACGAAUUCUUUGGCAUCUUCGACCAGUUCCUGCAGUCCUUCACCGAGGCCAAGCAGGAAAACGAGAACAUUCGGAAGCGCAAGGAGGAGGAGGAGAGGCGGGCUCGCAUGGAGGCUCAGCUGAAGGAGCAGCGGGAUAGAGAGCGCAAGGCGAAGAAGGCCGAGGAGGAGGACGGCGAGUUCGACGACCUGGUCUCAGCCCUGCGCUCCGGGGAGGUGUUCGACAAGGACCUGUCCAAAAUGAAGCGCAACCGGAAGCGCGUCAACACCGCGACGACGGACAGCAGCAGGGAGCGGCCUGUCACCAAGCUCAACUUCUGAGGUGGGAGGAGCUACAGCGCCUUAGCUCCUCCCUCCCUCCCCCUCCACUGCCAGAGGCUCCUCCUCUUAGCCUGCGUCUGCUGAGAAGCGCUCUUUUCCUCUGGUCACACCACCCCCUAGUGGCAGGACCCAGCAGGUGCUUCCUACCGUGAAGCUGAUUUACCCCUCAUCCCCCCCUCCCCCUCCUGCAAAAAAAGACCGGUAAAUAUAAAAAGGCCAAUAGUUUCUUUGCAGAAGCACAAAUACUAAGAGGUUUUGUCUGUCUGGAAACAGAUGACCAAAACAAAGGACAUUCACUUGGAUGAAGGCGAGAGUGGAAAAAACAGAAGUUCGGAAGGGCUUACUAGUUCCGACUGCCAAAAUUUAUAUAUAUAUUUUUAAUCUUAUUUUAUUUGAUAUGACUGUGUUCAGUCAGUGUAUGUGACCAUGAAUACUAUGGUGCUGGUGCACUGUAGCUGGUAGCUUUCAGAAUGAGAGCUGACUGCAGAGCUCAGGGUGCUGAACCUGGCCCCAGCUGGAGGUGGGAAUGGGACAAACCACCGGGUAUGUAUGUGUGGGGGGGGGAACCUCUGCUCAGCUGAUCUUUACAAUGGGGAAUGGAGCGGACAUGUCCUCCGUACUCCCCUACUUAAUCUAGUUACCCUCCUCUUUAAUGGAGAAGGGAAAGGUAAUGUAAAUGGGUUUUCCUUUUUUUAAAUGUAUGCAGUGUUAGCGCUGAGGGAGAGGAUAAGAGAGCAUGAUUAUUUCAGCCAAGAAGCCCAGAAUUGCUACAUGCUCACAGAGAACAUUCUGCACCAUCUUGAAUGGCCGGUUUGUUUUUUGCUCCACAGACAGAACACAAAAGGAGAUUCUCCUGCUCUGCGUUGAAGAUGAUUUUUUUUUCUAAAAAUUUGGAUUUUUUAAGGACUUAAGAGACAUAAGUACUUAAACUUAAAAUAGGACCACACAUGCAAUAAGGUUGAAACACUAUGGGUAUUAUUAUUUUGAUCUGAAAUGUACUUCUUAAUUUGAAAGUAGACGUGGGGCAAAUGCAACAUUUAUGCAGAAUAUAAUAUGAUUAACGAGCUACACUUUCUGAGAUCUGCCCAUAUGAAUAGGCUUUGAACAAUUCUGGUAUGUUUUCCAGGAAUGGUUAAAAGCCACAUCAAUCACAUCGAGACACUGUGGAUAUCAGUUUUAAGACUUCUAUGCAUCAUAAAAGGUUCUUUUAUCCUCGGCAUAUGUGUGUACAUACUCACAAAUAUGUACACAUGAAUACUCAUAUAUUUACACAUGCAACACCCCUUCCAUAAACAUGUCCUGUUGGUCAUUCUUCCCCUUGAAUAAAGAUUUUUUUGAAUAGCCUCCUUUUACUGUGUGAUAAAGUUUCCUUUGUAUGUGGGUUCCUUCUGUAUGACUUUUUUUUUAUUUAAACUGCUUUUUAAUGUUAUGUAGAUCUUAAGUAAAUAAAAAUACUGGAGAUGUAA